CCAAGUCAUACACCAUUGCUUCUCUUUGAUGCAGAGACGUAGCAGGUUUCUCUAUAUAAGUCCAUGCCUGGUUCUCUUCCCUAUAACACUCACUUGUCUUCACUUCACUUCACUUCACUUGCUGUGUCAUCUCUUGCUUGCAAUUUCCAGUCUCUUCUCUUCAUUCCCAUUUUAGGAAGUGGAAUGAAAUAUUUUGCCAGUGCACAAAUUCGUAUAGCAGCUUGAAAAGAUGGCAAACCCAAUACCAGAUGCUGGAGCAUUGAUUCGACCAAAAGACAAAGAAUUGGUGAAUCUUCUGGCAGAAAUAAUACUAACUGACUACGAGGACCCAAGGAUCCCUGUAAUAAAUAUCAACGCACACGAGCCUUGGGAGUUACCCAGUAAGUCUAUCUGUCUAAUGCAUUUUUUCUUGAUUUCCACUAUUUUAAUGAUUUACUAUGCUUGUGCAGGGCUCUCAGGAGUGGUAAACUCAAAUGAUCGAGAAUGGUAUUUCCUUCGUCCUAGCCAAAAACGAAACAGGAGGACAACAGCCGCCGGAUACUGGAAAACAAGCGGCUAUGGGUCCCGGAUUAAGGAAAGAGGGGAAGAGAUUGGUACAAAAACUAUCUUGGUUUACCAUACUGGUCGUACUCCUACUGGAGUCCGGACCAGGUGGGUCAUACACGAAUAUAAUGCAACCUGUUUACCAGACGUCCUGCGCAGUUUUAUUCUCUGCAAAGUUAUGGAUAAGUCAGAUGGUGGAGGUAAUUCGCCAAACUAUAUUGAAGGUGAAACUGGUUCUGAUUCGAACCUGAUGACAGAUAAUUCAGCUUAUCAAGCUACCGUUAAUGGAACUCCACAACAGGAAGUCGAGCUACCGCAGUUUCCGGACUCCUUGGACGACUUGAAUGAGCUGAUUUCCCAGUCAGACUGGCUUGUGUUUUAUGAUAUAUUUGGCGAUAACGCCUACUAAGAGAAGAACAAAAGAAGUGUCGUGUAAGAAUUAGUUUACGCGCAUGUAUAAUAAGAGAGAGAUCAUCUAUGAUGUUUCAUCUCUGUAUCGAGUGAGUAUUUUAAUUCUAUUUUCUAGCUGUUUGUAAUCUUCCUCACUGUAAAAGAAUGCGUGAGGACAUAAUAGUUUGUUCUACAGGUUUGCUUUGUUUUCCUUUUUCUGCAGAUCAUGAAUAAAAGUACUUUUGAUGUGUGUGAACGUCU